GGUUAAACGAAAAUUCACCGGCGCCUUUUAGCACUCGAAUCAUUUGGGUGAAAUCGCCGAUAGUGUUCGCUCGUACAUACGCUUUCGAAUGAUGUUGGGGCAAGUGCUUGCCACUGCGGGUAGAAAGGAUUUUUGAGUGAAGAAGUGGUUCAUGAAAAAAUUGUGGAAAUGCUGAAGAUGAUUCCACCGUCUGGUGACGGAUUCUGGGCGACAGUGGAGCUACUCGUUCACGCCUUACCGGAUGUCGCCAAAGUUGAUUACUUCAGUGAUGACAUUGAGGAAUGGCUGGAGACAGUUGCGAAUAAAGUGAAGAUGCUGAGGGAGAGGAAGAGGAGAAUGCACAAGACUCAAGAUGAGGGGGAGAUUUAUCCGGGGUAUCGGCCCAUCAUUGAUUGCAGCUUCAGCAAUCCACCGGUGAGAUCCAAGCUGGAGAUGCUGAUGGGCAGCAGUGUUGUGAGACUGACGGACCGCAGGUACAUGCUGAAACUCAUGGCGAGGAUACGGCAGGAUUACGAAAGCCGGCAACAGGGUAGGAUUGAGGAGAGGAAGAAAAAUGAACUCAUGCGGACGAAGAUGAUGAUACUGAAUCGGUUGAUACCCGUGCAAGAGGCGCCUGUGGAGAUCCGCAGGUAUCCGCUCUUCCAGCUGUACCUAUACUGCGACGCUAUCAUUGAGGAAAAGAGGAAGAAAAGAUCACCGAAGCAGAUCAAAAUAGCACAGUCUCUGUAUCGCAAUCUGUAUCCACAUCCGGAGACAGAGGAGAAGCUCGGAGUUGAGGAAACUGAAGUUUAUAUGAAGCGAAUUAAUGUGAAUGGAUCCCCUGAAUUGAUACCCCUAACCGCUGACGAACUGGCCGAAGUAAAACGCGAGGAGGAGGCGGAAUCAGACAUCGACAACGGCUACAUGCUAUCUCAGGAGGAGUACGACAGGCUCCAUUACGAAACCGCGGCAAUAAAGGAUCUCAGAGAGGCGCAGAACGUGGAGGAUAUGUACGCCAAAGCUCACGAAAUUCUUGGUAUCCUCUACUCCUACGUGGACGAUGGUAAAUACAAGAAGCUACAGAAGGAUGAGUCAUCUGCGUCACCACCGCAGGGUCAAGAACUUGUCGGUGAACCCGAGACAACAGCAAAACCAACAACGCAGGAAUAAUGGCCCCGUCGAUAAAGGGAAAGUCAUGACUUGCUUAUUCAUUCGAGAAAAUUCGUCACAACAUCAUAUUUACUCGGCGAACGAGAGG